AUGUCCUACACCUACUACUCCAAUGCCCGGCUAUCGCAAACAUACACCCAAAAGCCCCGCAAGACCCUCCGGUCACCAAAUCGCGACAUCGCCUUCCGCAACCAAUACAUAGCGCGCUCAAAGACCACCCUCGUGCUCAAACCAUUCGGCAGCCCCCACUCCGCCGUUGCAUAUAAAAUUACUGAAGAAGAUGGCACGCCACAGUUCACGGUCACUGGUCGCAAAUACACUGACCGCUCAUGUCGAGAGUUUCGCGAUCAUUCGGGUCUACCACUCUUCGAGCUACAUCGAAAAUUGUCAUGGACGAAUAGUUGGUUGGUGAGCUUGCCCGGAUGUGAUACUGCGACAAUAGCAACUGGUGCUCCGCGAUGGACAUUGGGGAAUGCUUCGUCUGGGAAUUUUGAUCUUUCGUUCGAGAAUGCAGCUGCGUUUGACGGGAAACGCAUGGAUGAGAAAAUGCUUACUUUGCAUAUUGAACGACACGGAAAUGCGCUGGCGCUUUUUGAUAUUGUUGAUGGAGAUAGGAAGGUUGCCGAAGUUCGGGAGAGUAUUCAUCAUAAUGAGAAAUUGGCUUUGAUGAGAGGCUCAAGGCAGGGGUAUCGGCCUGCUAUGGAUGUCAUUAUAAUGCCUGGAGUUGAUAUUUCCUUGGUUGCGACUGUUGCUGUUAUUGUAUCUGAUUGGGUUUUUGGUUCAAGUUGA